UUUCCGGGGGAAGGCGUUCCUUGUAACGCGUCCCCCCAGGACGUUCGGAACCGCACGCGUGGAGCGAUGCUUCUUCAACCGACCCCCGUUGCCAGAGACGAGCGGCUUCUUGAUCAGGCUUUAUCCGGGAAAUGCACCUCUUAAUCUUUCCCCUUGGCCAGCCAACGUCGGGCUUCAAUGGCGGAGGCUGUCAUGGCCCGCUACGACCCGGUGGUCUCUUCUCGCUCCGUUUGCGUCUAUACGAGUUGCUAUUGUGAAGAAAAUAUCUGGAAACUUUGUGAACAUAUCCGAAGCAAGAAUCAAUACCCUUUAGAAGAAUUUUAUGCUGUUUUCAUUUCCAAUGACAGAAGGAUGGUGCCACUUUGGAAGCAGCAGGCAGGACGUGAGGAUCAGCCUGUGAUCUGGGAUUACCAUGUUAUUUUGUUACAUGUGUCGAAGGGAGACCAGAACUAUAUCUAUGAUCUUGAUACUGUCCUACCUUUUCCAUGCCCUUUUGGCACUUACAUUGAAGAGGCUUUCAAAUCGGACAGCAUUAUUGACGCUGAAUUUCGAAGGAAAGUCAGAUUGGUUCAAGCUGAUACGUAUCUGAAGAAUUUUGCUUCUGACCGGUCGCACAUGAAAGAUGCCAGCGGGAACUGGCGGAAAUCUCCUCCCCUAUAUCCAUGUAUUGAAACUGCAGAUUACAAGAUGAAUCUGGAUGACUUUAUUAGUAUGAAUCCAAAGGCAGGCUGGGGUUCUGUGCUGAAACUCCCUGAUUUUGUGCAAAAAUUUGGCAGUCAGACCUAUGAAGAAGAAUAAUGAAGAGUCAAAUCUAAAAGGGUUUCCAAUCAGCAUUAAGACUCCUGUCUUUAAUCAAAACUGUCAAUGUUAUCAUCUCGGCAAAUUCCAUCAUCUUCGCCAUCCAUUCUUCAUUAUGGGUAUUGUCAAAUCUUUUUGCACUAUUACGCAUAUAAAAGUUUUACUGCUGUUGUCAUACAGUUAA